UCUGAUUGCGCCUGACAUUAGCAGCUUAAAGGUUCAGACGGCGGAAUCAAAUCAUGCGAGGUUUUGUGCAUUUCACUAAUCUGACACUUUAGACUUCUGGUGCGUUGCAUGUAUUUGCUGAUUGAAAGCUAGGCCGACCGUGUGACCGUAUUCCAUGACUGAACGAUUUCUGAAUCUAAUAAUAUUGGGGGUGGAGGCUACAAUGCCCAAUUUGUCUUGGUUCCAGUGCCCGAUUUUAAUCUGGUAACUAUCGUACAUCCAAAUAUUGGCUAUGAUCACAAAUUUGGAGUGAGUUCUAUCAACAUCAAUACGUUCAAAGGGAAAUCAUCAAGUAUCAUUUGAUUGGGAAAGAACAAUAUUAUCUCCACUCUUUUCUAACGAUUUUAGAGACAGAAUUUCCUCUUUGUAAGGUUGAUUUCUGAGGUACUCAGCUUCUUUCUUUGCCGGAUUCUGCGGUCUCCCUUGUCCUAUGUGGGCAGGGAAGACCCCCCUCUCUUCUACUCGGUAGUGGGUUUUGCUCUCUCAUCUUCGGAUGGAGAUUGUGAAGAAAUGAGGAUUUGAUGAUUUUUGUUGUAGAUGGUGUUGAAUAGGGAGAGCUUCCAUCGGUUCUACCAUGGAUGAUGCUGUUUAGUUCGGCCUUGGGUUAUGCGUGCAGCUUUGGGUGCUCUUUUAUAGCCUCUAGCUUUAUGGUUCUGCAAAGAGUUGUCUUGGGGGAUGCAGGUACCUUGGGGGGUUUUUGGCCGGCUUUGCCUUCUAUGGUCGAUUCCAAGGGCUUUUGUCAACCAAGCUCUGCCUUAUCACCCUCCUUAAGCAAUCUGCGGUGCUUUGGUCGAGCUACCCUUCUCCCUUGGCUCUGGUUAAAUCGUUAAUUUAGGGUCCUUUUAGAAUGCGAAACUUUCUGGAGUUGCCAAGUUUUUGAGGAGUCCUCAGCUAUGGCUUAGAUGGGUCUCCUAUGACGCUUCAUCUGUUGUUCAUGAUCUUCCUUGGGGUGUUGUCAGAGUGUGAAGGAGGCACUCUUCCUCUUUCAUGGCUUAGAUGGGUACCCUAUGAUGCUUCAUCUGUUGUUCAUGAUCUUCCUUGGGGUGUUGUCAGAGUGUGAAGGAGGCACUCUUCCUCUUUUGGAUCUUGCAAAUGCGGUUCGGGUCCUUUUAGUUAGGGUUCUUUAUCUUGUCAACCGGUUUCAUUUGUUUUGAUUUGAGUUGUUUUGUUUCUUUUGGAUCAUGGGCAUGGGUAAUGAGCCUCCUAGCUUUUGGUUAUUUGAGACUUGCUUAUUUUGAGUAAGGUUACUGGGUGGUGCUGGUAUCUGUAUUAUUUAUUUUCUUGUUGGACUCUGUUUGUAUUGGGCCCAAGGCAUGUCCAUAAGGUAAGUCUGAAUUUGGCAUAGGCCCCUGCUUCUUGUCAUUUUCUAGGGGGUUGAACGCACUAAAUUAUGCUACCAAAAACGUCUGGUGUUCAACUCUCUCAAGUGGAUAACCUACGAAUACGUGGCUUUAGCCCAUUUGCUAGCCGUCCCUUACCUCCACAUCUAGAUGAUAUCUAAACCAAAAUUACUAAAAUUGCCGCAGGCAGCAAAUGCAAGGCAAUUGGAUAUAGUGAGAUUCCCAGAAAAUCUCAAAACAAUUAAACUUGGAAGGGAGAGUCAUCAUUUGGAAACUUCUCUUGUGCCCCUCAUGGCUCCAACUCUGACCUCCAAUUCAUUUCUCCUUACCCCCAAACCACAUUCAAGACACACUGUCAGAAUCCCAAGACUCAGAGUCUUUGCCAAGAGAGCUGGACCCUUCUCCCCAUUUCAGCUUGGCAAACCUAAAGAUGACAGUGCAUCAGAAACUAAUGGUUCAGGCAAUUCGAGUCCUUUUAGUUUCAACUUUGGCAAGGUACCUGAUGUAAAGUCCUUGAUACCUGUUGUGAGUGAGCCUGCUUCUGGUUUGUCGUUUCCAAGAAGGAAGGAUCCUGGCACUGUGUUUGUGGCUGGUGCUACUGGCCAGGCAGGCAUUCGAAUUGCACAAACUUUACUGCGUGAAGGUUUUAGGGUUAGAGCUGGGGUUCCAGAGCUAGAAGCUGCGCAGGAGUUGGCUCGUUUUGCGGCGGAGUACAAGAUCAUAUCAAAGGAAGAAUCAAGACGUCUCAACGCUGUUCAAUCCACUUUUAUAGAUGCAGAAUCAAUUGCCAAAGCAAUUGGUAAUGCAAGCAAAGUUGUGGUUACAAUUGGUCCUGCAGAGAAUGGUCCUACCUCUGAGGUCUCUACAUCUGACGCCUUGAAAGUAAUUCAGGCUGCUCAGCUAUCAGGUGUUGGCCAUGUUGCAAUAAUCUACGAUUCAAAUGCCGCUGGCGCUUCGACUUAUAAUGUCCUAGAUGGCUUCACUUCAUUCUUUAACAACUUGUUCUCACAAUCUCAGCCAUUGUCCAUACCUGAGUUCCUGCAGAAAGUAAUCGAGACAGACGUUAGCUAUACUUUCAUUAAGACAAGCUUGACUGAAGAUUUUUCACCCGAGAGUUCUUAUAAUGUUGUUGUAUCUGCUGAAGGAAGGACUGGUUCAAACGACUACAAAGUGGCAAAGUCUCGGAUAGCAACCGUAGUGGCUGAUGUUUUCUCAAAUACAGAAGUGACAGAAAAUAAGGUGGUGGAAGUUUUUACUGAUCCAUCAGCACCCCCAAGGGCUGUGGAUGAACUUUUCAGUGCCAUUCCUGAAGAUAGAAGAAGAAAAGCUUAUGCAGAAACUCUUGCAAAGGCAAGGGCUGAGGAAGAAGCAAGGGUAGCUGCUGAGAAAGCUCGUGAUGCAGCUGAUGCAGCGAAGAAGCUUAAAGAAGAAGUGAAAAAGCUUUCACAGCAAGAAGCUAAAGCAACUAGUCUAGCUGAAGACGCCCAGGAAAAGGCUGAGGCUGCAGGGACUUCAGUGGAAAACCUCCUGAAUAGAGCAAAAGACAUCAGAGCAGGAUUUUCUUGGGAGAAACUUAGUACACAGAUUGCAACUGCAGUUCAAACGACUAAUGGAGAAAAACCAAAUGUGCAGAUUGCUACUGUCAGAGGACAAGCCAAGGCUCGUUCUCUUCCUGUCCAAAAAGCUGUUGUUAAACGACCAACCCCGAAAUUUCCUGCCUUGAAGCCAAGAGAGCAGCCAAAGCCAAAGGCCAAAGAGACGGAGUCAAAGACCGAAGUAAAGAAACUAUUUGGAGGCCUGUUUCAGCAAGAAACAAUAUAUGUUGAUGACGAAUGAGAUAAUACUUUGUUUUGUAACCCUUAUCUUUUGAGCUACUCUGAUUAAGAUGUCAUUUAAAUUCUAAACAGAAAAUGUGUACUGUUUUAAGUUUUUCAAUCAUUUUCCCUGUGACAUAAAUAAAAUUUCUUCAAUUUUCAAA